AUGGACUCCCCACUCCUCCAGGCUGUUUUCGCGUGCGGCACGAUCUGGUGCCUGUGGAAGGCUAUCCGCAGACUUGUUAUCAAGAGCGACCUCGACAACCUACCCGGCCCUCCGUCGCCCUCCUUCGUCUACGGCCACAUCAAGCAGCUGUACGACAGACAAAGCUUCAAGUUCCACCGGAGCCUAGGCGAGACGUACGGCCCAGUCGUGCAGCUGCGCGACAGGUUCGGGGGGACUCUGCUGUAUACGUUCGAUCCGAAGAUCAUGCAUCACAUCGUCCUCAAGGACCAGGAGGUCUUCCAGGAAGCAACUUGGUUCACCAGGAUGGUCUACCACCUCCUCGGUCUUGGCCUUCUGGCGACCCUCGGUGAUCACCACCGCAAGCAGCGCAAGACGCUCAACCCCGUCUUCUCUAUCAACCACAUGCGCCACAUGUCCCCGAUCUUCUACGAAGUCUCUCACAAGCUCCGGGCUGCGAUCCAGGCGCGUCUGCGCGAUGGCCAUCCCACCGAAGUCAACAUGGUCGGCUGGAUGGGCCGCACCGCGCUCGAGCUCAUGGGCCAGGGAGGCUUGGGCUACUCGUUCGACCCCCUCGUCGCGGACGCCGCCGACGAGUACGGCUCGGCGAUCAAGGACCUCAUGCCGACGCUGGCGCAGGUGCGCGGAAUGCAACAGUUCCUCCCGCUCUUCGAAGCUAUCGUGCCCGAGGGCUGGCGUCGCGUUGUUGCAGAACUCAUCCCCGCCCCGCCUCUCAAGAGACUCAUCCACAUCGCGGACACGCUCCGUAGGCGCUCGACCGAGAUUUUCGAAGCCAAGAAGAAAGCACUCCUAGCUGGUGACGAGGCGCUCAAGCAGCAGGUUGGUGAGGGGCGCGACUUGAUCAGCGUUUUGCUGAAGGCGAACAUGGCUGCAUCUCAAGAGGACAAGAUGCCCGAGGACGAACUAAUUGGCCAGAUGACAACUCUAACAUUCGCUGCCAUGGACACGACUUCGAAUGCACUCUCUUUGACGUUGUGGCGCCUCGCCCAGAACCCCAAGGUUCAGAACACAUUGCGGAACGAACUUCUUGAAGCGCAGGAGUCCCGCGGAGGCGGCGACGUCGGGUACGAUGACCUAGUGGCAUUGCCAUACCUGGAUGCUAUAUGCCGCGAGACGCUGCGGAUCCAUACCCCCGCCCCUUACCGUUUCCGCGAGACGCGCCGCGACAUCAUGCUUCCUCUCUCAGAGCCCGUGCGGGGGAAGGACGGCCGCAUGAUGCACGAGAUUCUCGUCCCGAAGGACACAUUGGUCUUCGUCGGCAUCAAUGCGUCGAACACGAACCAAGCCAUUUGGGGCCCGGACGUGUACGAGUGGAAGCCUGAGCGCUGGCUGCAGCCGCUUCCCGACGCCGUGCUGGACGCGAAGAUCCCCGGGGUGUACGCUAACCUGAUGACAUUCUGGGGCGGUGGCCGCGCGUGCAUGGGCUUCAAGUUCUCGCAGCUCGAGAUGAAGGUCGUCCUCGCUGUGCUCAUCUCGAGCUUCACCUUCGAGCUCACGGACAAGCGUAUUUGGUGGAACAUGGCGGGAGUGCAGUACCCUUCCACGGAUCAGCGCGGAGAGCACCCGGAGCUUCCCAUGAAGGUUGGAUUGGUGAAGCGCGAGGGCGUUCAUGCUUGA